UAUGGAAUCUUAAUAAUGAUAUCGAUCCGGAAAAAACGAAAGCUCGGAUUGAGAGUUUUGCCUUGGAAAAUAAAGAGAUAAUAGCAAAAAAUGCCAAAAAACAGUUUGAAGAAGAGGAAUGGGCUAGUAGGAUUCAAGAUAAUGAACGAAUGAAAAAGAAGAAAAAUUUCGAAGAAUACACGAAUAAAUUGGCCGAAGAAAAAAAGGCCAAAGAAGCACAUAAAGCAGAAGUAAUUGAGUUACUGGCAAAUUCCACAGAAUCAGCCAAAUCAAUAUUGAAAAAGAAGGGAACUCGUGAGAAGUCCAAUACUCGCAGCCAAGAUUCAAUAGACAAUGAUAAUAAUGGUGGUAUUGGAGAAUUAUGGAUCG